GAACCCACCGACGAUGAGUUCAGGCGUCAUUUCGAGAUUUAAAAGCACAUUUAUAUGUACUGUACAUGUCUACAUCUAUACAUGCACAUGUAUAUUCACAUAUGUACAGUACAUGAUCUUGUUCAGUCAUACGUUAGACUCAAAAAGACAGCUUCCCACCUCUCACUCAAGUCCACCAAAGCUGGAAAACACUAUUAUCUCAUUUGUAUGUGUGAUUUAUCUCUAAAUCUUCGUGGCACAGUAUGCCACGACUAUUGCGAGUCUUUUAAGGUCACAUAUAUGGUAGGCAGCAACGAAACAUGGACAUACGACGGAAAAUAAGGAGCGUAAAUCGGGCGUUCCCAUCCAUGGUACAAUAACGAGAGAUUAGAAGUUAUUGUACCAUGUUCCCAUCCAUUUGCAAAGAGCGGUCGUGUCGGCAACGUUUUGGGUGUAAGGGGGUUAGUGGCAACAGCGUAAUAGUAGCGCACUGGCUUCACUUUUGUGACGGCAUGCCGCCUUCUGAUAUGCAACUCCCUUGGUUGAUAUCAAAGCAAAACUUGUCAUCCAACAAAAAAAAAAAAAAAAAAAAAAAAAGGGGAAGAAUAUAAUAUAACCUCGGGGAGCAGAGAGAAGAGUCUGUGGUUGUCAUAUAUUUCACCAUCUACCGUAACACGAUCAAAAGGGACGACUGCCUAAAAAGUGAUACAAGGAGCAAGAUAAAGACUAGAGAAAAACUCUUUAGUCUUUUUACCUUGACAAGCAAGAGGAUUGGGAACUUGCAAUUGUGGGUAUGUUACUUUGUCAUUAAGGCGGAAGUAAUAAAUUAAUUUCCUCAGCAAAACAUGACAUUUUUUCAGGGCCCUAAAUUUAUUAUGAAUAGGGAAACGAAAACGAAAGGCGCGGGACGGUUUCUUGGGGACAGUGCCCGAAAGAGGAUAAUAAAAUUAAACGCCCACUGACGAUUGGACUUAACAUUUAGUGAAUUAGCCAAGCUGGAGUCACAGGCCAAGUUUGCCUCUUCCAGAAGUCUUCUCUGUAAAUCUGUGUAUGUAAAAGUUGGGUAACAAUAUUGAAGCUAAUGAUGCAUCAUCCAGCUUUUUAGCAAUUUACAAAUUAAGUAAUAUGAUUGAUGAACUGGCACAUCAGCAGAGUAUGGCUCCAUGUGGCCUCUGCUGGUCUUUGACUAGUAUGGACCCAGGGGGCCCACCAAGUAAGAGAAGUAGUAAAAUUGCAAUGUAAUACAAUAUAUCUUAUAUUUUUUUCUCUUCUUUCCUGAAUUAGCCUGGGGGAACUGGUAGGGAAAUGGGUGAACCAAAUUAUGCCAUUCAUAAAAAAAAAAAUUUAAGAAUAAGGCAUCAAAAUUUGAAAAUGGAAAGUUUCUAGACUAACCUAAUCUUACCUGACCUAGCCUAAUUACAGAGCAUUGUCCCCACUGACACUUCUUAAAGAACAUUGACCUAAUAACUUACAGGAGGGCUUUGUCUUCCUUGGUAAGAUUAUCUGAGAUGACUUUAUUCAAUGAAAUAGUGCUCAUAUUAUCAUCAUUAUUAAAAGUUUCAUAAAAUCAUAAAAUCUGAGCCUUGUUAAGAUGAGGCUUAGAACUCACUGCAGUAUGGUUAUACGAAAUUUCUCCCUGUUAGACAGGAACCGGUCACCUUAUUUCAUAUGUCAAUACCCUGGACAUAAGUGGCUCUACACACCUAUUCCAACAUUUAGUAGUGGAUAUAGCACUGAUCUUUACAUUAUCUAUCUUUUAUUAUUUUAUUGUUCUUUUCCCAGAUGAUGAGCAGAGGUGUUGGAGGUUCACAAACACCCCUGGUGGUAGCCUCUCUCUGGCGAGACACCCAGUUGGCAACCCUCCUUAGACCUCUCAUCCCACUCUCAUACAGGGAAGAUCUUGGAGAGGCAGACUUCCUUGUCUCCAAAAAUGCUGCUGUCAUCUUCAUCGCUGAGGCUGAUAUAAUUUCAGGAGGGGGGUUCCGCAGGCGGGCGGUCAAGUUCCGGCAGAGCAGCAGUAUCACUGCCAAAAGGAGAGUGGUGGUUCUACAGAAAACUCCCCUUACGGCACAGCACUUCAGUAAUGUGCAGAAAUUCAUCAGUAUCGACCUUGGCCUGCCCAUUGUCCCUGUCCAGUCCCUGCAGGAGACUGCACAGCUGCUGGUGCGGAUGGUGGCCAGUGAGACCAAGAUUCGGUGCAACCCUUUAUGCAAGCAGCCGCAGAAGGCAGGGAACCAGGACCAACAAUUGCUGCAAUCCCUUACUUCUGUGGUGCCCUGUCUGGGGAUGCAGCGGGCCCGGGCACUGCUGGCACGCUUUGGCACUCUGCAGGAUCUGGCGCAGGCUCCCCGCACUGCCAUGGAGGAGGUGGUGGGCAGGGCUGCUGCAGCCUCUGUGCAUGAGUUCCUCAAUGGCAGGGCAUAGCUAGUGACGGAUCAGGGAGUUUUGGGUUUCAUUGACUGCCUCCCUUUUGCUGCCUCUUAGAAUUCACCAUACGGCAUUUCAAUAUGAAUUCCUGCCAGACUUCACUGGGGGGAGUCUUCAGUGGAGGGACCUUCAAUGGAAGCAGCUUCAUCAUCGAAGUCUGGUGUAUGCUGUUUGACACAUUGCCCUGAACAAUGUGUCUGAGAGUGUUUGUGGACAUAAUGUGGGUACUGUGACACAUGGACUGUGACUGAACAAUGAACUGCCUGCCUGAAUCCUUGACCGGUUGGCAGAAAUUGACUCCCCACGUAGAGUUUUCAAAUUAUUGCACUUGCCAUUUUUGUAUUUGUAAUAACAGUUAUGAUAAGUACAAAAAAAAGAUAAUGAUAAGAUUAUAAUAUCUAGUUGUAAUAAAAAUUCAGACAAGAGAA